AUGAGAUACACCAACACGACUCUGCCUCCGUGGUUCGACUAUCUUGAACUGGCGGUGAAUUAUUCUUGCAUGACCUACAUGGCAAUAACCUUACCACUGUAUAUUGCCGUUGUAACAAUUAUGAUUAUUCUCAGAAAACGUUCUUAUAAAGGUCAGUUCAUUUUUAUUUGGUUUCUCGACUUCUACAUGUCACAAGGUACCACUGUUGGUCAUAUCUACUUAAUAAUUGCAUGGACUACUCGCUGUAGUCAAGGAUGUACUGUAACGCUUUUGGCUCUGAACAGGGCUACCGCGGUGUGCAGUCCAAUAAGGCAUAAACAGUUGGUUUCUCGACUUUACAUGGUCACGAAGUACACAUGUUGGCAUAUCUACUUAAUAAUUGCACUGGGCUACUCGUUGUAG